GAAAAUACAAUACAACAGCGAUUGCUAGAUGAAUUUUUGGAUAGGCUUUUGCCAGAUCUCCAAUUCGAAGUAAAAGCUGCUAGACCUGAAGAAUAUACUAAGGCAUUUGAAGUUGCCGAACAUUUUGAACUAUUAUUAGGAGAAAAACGCCAAAAAUAUCAAAAUAAUCAUUAUGUGGAUUUGGCAGAAAAAAUGGAAGCCCUAGCAAUUAAUCGGUCUAGAGAAACAAGACGCUUAUGCUAUUACUGUCAUAAACCUGGACAUGUCAUAGCGGAUUGCCGAAAUAGAGCAAGAAAAAAUUAUAAAGCUCGCCAAUAUAAUAAUUAUGAGCGAAGAAAUUAUCAAAAUAAUUAUUGGGAAAACAGAAAUAAUUACAGAAAUGAAUAUAAUAGUGAUAGCCGCAGAUAUAAUGAUAGAAAUCGCGAAAAUUAUAGAGAAAAUUCGCCAAAUAAUUACAGCCAGUCACCCACUAGAAAUGUGA